GGAGUGGGGAUGAAGUCAGGCUCUCACUCUUGCACACUGAAGGCUAUCGGGGAAUACACGGUUUAACCUGGUGUUGGUCGGCGCACGCCACUAGCCGCGUCCUUAGAACAUAACAGAACCUAUCUGAAAGCGCUGAGAACCCCCCCGGUGGUUCUGUAACACAAUUGUCGUUUUUACGGAGCGGGAUAAGAGAAAAAAAAAGGGGAAAACAUAGAACUCCCACGGUAUUUUUUAAUUCUACGCGCGCAAAUUUUCACACAUUACAACGGCCAUAUUGAUAACUGUCAUCGGCCGCGUUAAAUAAAUUGAUAUGUUGAACAAUUGUACGAUUUGUUGAAUAUAGUUUUUGGAAUAUUUUUGGCUGCAUUAUUUGGAAUAACAUGAAGGGCUUCCGAUGCCUUUUUAUGAUGUGAAUUUACAACUAUGCAAGUGAUUGAUGUUGUCAUCGUUGUUUGUUUAGUAUUUUUGAGAGUUGAAUUUAGUUCAUGAUUCGUCAUUCACAAAGUGCUUUGAUGUGAACUAAUGGAUGUUUUGAAAUAACUUGGAAAGCGAUUACAUUCAAGAGUUAAAAUUUACAAUUUAUUGUAUUGGAUGUCUUGUCACGAAUUUAUUGACGGGAUUGUAGACUUGGAUGUCAAUUGUUAGGACAAUAAGUUUCACCAUAACAGCACUAAAUAAGGCCUCCAAAUAGUUUUCUUCAAUAUUGUUGACAAUGAAUAUUGGAAAUGAACAGUCCACUGGAGCACGAUUUUGUUGAUGGCUUUGGUUUCACGAGUAACAGUAAUAUUCCAAAGGAAGAUACUGAACCUGGAUUACAAAUUCUUGAUAACCAGAUUGAUAUCGUGAAAGCUCUUGAGUGUGCACCUGAAGAGUUACCGCAGUGUGAAAUUUGUGCGCAAAAAUUUUUAAGCAAAAAAGAAUUACGAUCUCAUAUUACCAUUCAUCUCGGUCAGCCCAGAAUCAUCCUGAAGAGGUGCAGCAGUCAGCACAAGAACAGAAAGAAGGAGAGGGAUAUCUACUCGUUGAAUCAAAAUCAGAAGGGCUCGCUGAAGUUGACGUUGAAGAAGCAGAAGCACAGUGAUUUCGCUGUUAUUAGCAAGGACUUGGAUAUAAAGACGGGUAUAUCAGAGACAGAAGUGGCUGACACGGAGGGUAAUGAGCAAACGAUUGAAGAAGAGGCUGAGGAGGAAUCGACUAGUGACAGGGAUGAUAAUGCCAUGCUGAGAGAUGGCAAUGAAGAUAACGAUGAUGACAAGUCAUCGGAUGACAAUGACAGACCAUCUGCUGAGGUUAAUGAAGGUGAUUCUGGUGUAGGUAGCGAUAUGGCAAAUCCUUCUGAAAAGGAAGAUCAGAAUGUUGAUGAUUUAGCUGGUGAGCAGGAGGAGAAUGAUGAGCAUGACAAAAUUGAAGAGAGCGAGGAUCCAGAAGAAUCUGAUGCUUUGGAGGCAACGUGCAGAGAGACUAUUGAAAAUUUGAAAAUAUUGGGGGAACAAUCGAGUUCUAGGUCUGUGAGGAAUGAUAUGUCGCCUAGGGAUCCAAAUCUCGAGGCUUCCAGUUCACCAGUACUCCCAGAGGGCUCUCCCAGUACUGAAGCAAUUCCCGAGACAACCCAAGAGAAAGAAUCAUCUAAUUUCACCUGGAUAUCCAACAAGGACGACGAAGACUUGAGUAAGAAUUCUGAUCGAUCAUCCCUGGAUCUGCCUGAUCCAUCAGCCCCAGACAGUGCAACUUCCCUUCUUCAGAAUUUUCUCCUGGAGCAUCAUAGAAAAAUUCGAAAUGUCAACGAAGUGAUAGCCCUUCCAGUGGAGACUGAGUACGUAUCAUUAGAGAGAUUAGCUGAGACAGUGAAUACAUGCAGAAUAUGUAAUGAAAAAUUUGGGGACAUUACACUUCUGGAUGAGCACAGAGCAAAGGCUGGUCAUUAUCAGUGCAAUAUACCCGAUUGUGGGAGUUCAGUAUUUAAAACACGAUCGGAUUUAACUACUCAUAAGGUACAGGCCCAUGGGGCCCCCUUAUCCCCCAGUGUAAGUAUGACACAUAUUACGAGAUCGUCACCACAAUUAAGCGAGGGAUCGCCUCGAAUGAGCCAAAAUUCACCCCAUUUGAGUAAUCACUCACCCCUUGCGCUGAACGUGGAACAAUCGAGCUCACAGAUAACGCGAACAUCACCCCAAACGAAUUCGCCAACAUUUGGACCUGCAGGAAGUACCCAGAUGAUUCCACCAGUGAAUUUCGAUCAAUUACCAGCUCCUGUUCAACAAUUGGCGCAGCAAGUUCAACGUAUGCCCCUUCCUCAGGCACAGAUGCCACCCUCGAUGCCCCCAAAUGUCAAUACUAUGAUCCCAGGACCAAAUUAUUAUAUGCAACCACCUGGAAGACCACCACCACCCAUGUACAGAGCACCUGGGCCCCAAGGAAUGCAAUAUCCAUCCCAUGUGGCUGCUUAUCUCCAGUAUGGAAGUUAUCAGCCUUAUCAAAAUGCUCCUAUGCAUCCGCAAAUGCAGCAGCAAGUGCCACGAGUGAGGUAUCCACCGAUGAUGUCUGCUCCAAGGGGUCAAAGAUUAGCGCAGAUUCCUGCACCACCCAGAGCUAGAAUUAAGAGGCCUGGACCACCUCCACCUCCUCAGACUAUUCCUGUACCGAGGGGCGAACCUGUGGCCAAACAGAGGAGAAUGGAUGUGUUACUUCCUGAUAGGAAUGAGGACGCUGACUGUCAUGUUAUUGUUCAACAGAAGAGAAACGAUGGAUUGCCAGUUAUUCAGAAUGUUCAGGGAGCCAGUCAACCCACGGGAAGGAAUGACUCUACGAUUCAUUUGACUGAUUCCAUCACUCUGAGUGUUCGUCAACCUGGUUCAACUCCAGCUCAACCACCAAAUUCUCCAACGACGGUGACCAAAAAACCUGAUGCCAAGGCCGUUGCCAAUGUAUUGGCAGCCCGUGGAAUUACAGUGACACCAGCAGCGAAUAAGAAUAAAGUGAUUGAACAACAGAAACAGGCACAACAACAACAGCAACCUCAGCAACCAUCACCUAGAGCUCCGGCUCCAGCUCCACCAGUUAACGUUCUCAAUCUCAAUUCAGCUAUUUCGAUAAUUCCGGCAGCAAGAAAACAGUCACAACAGCAGCCGGAGCAAGGUGGACAGUUUGCUGUACCCCAGAAUAAACAGAGCAAACCUUCGAACCAGGAAAUGGAAAGACCUCCGAGACCGCCUACGGUGGAUCUCACUCAGGAUACACCAGGACCGGAGGCGGCUAGGAUCAUCCGGAGGGGCAGACCACCCAGAUCGGCAUUGACAUGUCAAAUUUGUGACAAGACGUUUGCAAGCCAAGAAAUAUUGAUGCAACAUAUGGCAUCUCAUCGAGGAACAAAUAAAUUACUCCACAAAUGUAAUUUGUGCACAGCCCAGUACCCUAACGCCCAAGCUCUAGCAGCCCACAAACAAACGUUUCACAAAGACAUGGAAGUAUCAUCAGCAAAUGGUGGAACGGAAUUGGCAAUUCCCGUUGUAGAUUUGAAAUCCCCUCAAGCAUUAAAUAGAUUACAGAGUUUAGGGAUUCAUAGUUAUAUUCCAUUAUCACAAUUGAGUGCUCAAACUGGUGGUUAUUUUGGUCUACCGAUCAUAACAAUUGACGGACCAAGAAAUCAAAAUUCAUGUAAUUUAGGUGCACUAGGUGCUACAUCGAUCUUAAGUUUAGGUCCUCUAAAGCACUUAUCGAACAGGUAACUACAAUUAUUGGUAAACUGAGAUCAAUGAUGCUUCAUUUUAUUAGCUUUCUUUGGCAAUGCCAUGACUGUGUUAUUAAACAAAUUCAUUUAAGAAAGAAAUUUUCAAAUGCCAAAACCCUUGAGAGAAAUGAUGAUAUAUUGAAGAUCGUAAAUGAAAGAUAUUUAUAGUUAUGAGGAUAAAGCUGAGACCUAAUAUUUCAAUGUAGUGCACAAUAUCAGUUGAUUCUGUUGCCUCUUGAGGGUCCCGAUGUUGAGCAAGAAUGAGAAUAUAGAAUUUAUUCUUUAAAACAAUAUUUGGCACAGCAGUAUUGAGUGAUACAAUUUCAUUAAGACAUAAUUUUUGUCUAUCUGGAAUGAUACCAGUUUUAUUGGGAUAAUUCGUUCGCUUGGAAAUUUUUUGUUAUGAUUUAAUUUUCAAACUAAUAUAUUUGACAGGCUUCAAAAUUAAUCACACAGACUCAUCAAUGAAAUUCGCAAGAGUAUAAAAGGGAUUUUCUAUCUCUUGAAUUGAAAAAUAUAUUUCCAGUGAUAAUUAACGACCAAUUGAUGCACUAAUAUUUGCAUAAAGUUACAUUAGCUUUAAAUACUGUGUGUCAAGUACUUAAGUGCAUGUAAACAUGAUUGUUCGAUUUAUCAGUGAGAGUUAUGAGAGAGUUAACGUUUUAUCCUUUUUUAAUGACAAAAGUAUAAUAACUUAUUGAUUUUUCUUGUCCUAUAUUGAAACAGAGUGGCAUGAAAAAUCUUUGGUGAUAAAUCCCAUAGUUGAGAACUGAUUUUAUAUAUCACUGUUGUAAAUAAUGUAUAAUAAUUAUCUUUAAGACACUACUGCUGGAUAACUAGCGUAGAUGUGAGGAGCAAAAAAAUUACAAAGAGUACUAUGAUGUUACAGUCUCUGUCAUCUAAUUAUUUUAUAAAAAUCAUUAAUUGUCGCGGUGUUCUUUUACAUUUUAUGGUAGAUAAAGAAUAUUAGAAUGGAAUAUUGAUAGAUAAGUUUAUGAAAUUCAUUUUGAAAAAUAAAAACAUUGAAUUCAGUAUUUUAUUAUCUUCGUAAUACGUUGAAGAGUUAUGAAGUAAAAUAUAAUUUCAUAAAUAAUAA